CAUUAAUAUAAAUCAAAUUUUAUUAAUUUACUGUGAACAAGUUCAAAAGUUUUUAAACAUUAUCAGACACUCCUAUUUAUCACAAGAGCUGGCUUUGUGGACCGAUAGAUCUAAGCCAUCACAGUGAAGGAAAAAAUCGUUUGCAGUGAGUAACGUUUCCAAGCCAUCAUGGUUGAUGUUAAAAAGUUUAGUGAAAUUGACCUGUAUGGUCUGCUUGAUAUUGAAAUCGGUGCCACCGAAGCCGAUAUUCGCAAAGCUUACCGCAGAAAAGCACUGCAAUGCCAUCCAGACAAGAACCCCGACAACCCGAAGGCAGCCGAGUUAUUCCAGGAACUAUCGAACGCGUUGGAAAUCCUUAUUGAUAGUUCAGCACGGGCCGCGUACGAUAAGCUACUUAACGCCAAAAAAGCCGCUCAGCUGCGAACGAAGCAGUUGGAUAGUAAAAGACAAAAGCUCAAAAAUGAUCUGGAAGAGCGAGAACGGCGUGCACGGGAGCAAGCUGCUGCCGGAUCGUAUAAGGUUAACAAAACCCCGGAAGAACUGUUUCAGGAAGAGUUUGAACGGCUUCGCAAAGAAGGCUCGAAGCUGAUCGAAGAGGAGCAAGAGCUGAUGCGACAGCAGCUGCGCGAAGAAAAAGCAAUGCAAAGCGCAGCAAAGUCAAGCUGGGAUCCCUCCAAGCAUAGGAUAAAGAUCCGCUGGAAAGCCGCCAGUGACGAUCCGUCGAACGGUGGUUAUUCGGAAGCAGUUUUGAACAAGUUCCUUAGUAAAUAUGGCGAUAUUAAUGUACUGGUGAUGAGCCCGAAAAAGAAUGGAAGCGCUCUAGUGGAGUUUAAAACUCAGGAAGCAGCAGAGAUGGCAGUUAGUUAUGAAAAAGGACGACUGGACAAUGCCUGCAGCCUGGAAUGGAUAGGAGAUGCUCCCAAAAAUAAAACAUCUCGUACUGGUGGUUCGAGCACGGUUACCGAAAGAGAUUUCGAAAGUUUAGUUUUGCGUCAGCUGCGACAGGCGGAGGAGCGUAAGCGAUUGAUCGAGCAAAUGAUGCGGGAAGAUGCCGAAGAGGAAAAUGCUUAGCUGUAAAACAUUCUGGUAUUUAUGUAUUUUUAUUGAUUUGUUUUCGUAUGCCGGGAUUUUUUUUAGGUAAAUUUCCUAAUUCUGUUUUACAAACAGAAGUUUGCCUGACUAAUUCGAAAUGAAAAUCGAUGCCGAU